CCUUUCUUUCCUCUAUAUUCACGAUCCUGCCAUUGUACACCCAAUCAUACGCUCCUGAGAUCCUCAUGACUUGUUCUUACCGUACUCCGCGAGACAUGCGAUUGAUGAUUCUUGACUGUAUUCAUUGAGAAAAACUGUUCGCAAAAACCUUGAGCUUCAUCAUCGUCCAUUACUCACCUUUCAGUUUCAGAUGCCCAAGCAAAAAGCUCCAAGGAAGCAGCUCAAGUCCUAUAAACUCAAACACAUCAACAAGAGUAUUCAAGAGGGAGAUGCUGUGUUGAUGCGGUCGUCGGAGCCUGGAAAACCGUCGUACGUAGCGAGGGUAGAGGCGAUCGAGACGGACGCGCGUGGAUCGCACGCGAAAGUUCGUGUGAGGUGGUAUUAUCGCCCUGAGGAAUCUAUCGGAGGGAGGAGACAAUUCCAUGGAGCCAAGGAGGUUUUUCUCUCUGACCACUUCGAUUUUCAAAGCGCCGAUACGAUUGAAGGAAAGUGUAAGGUUCACAGUUUCAGUAGCUACACCAAACUUGACUCUGUUGGAAACGACGACUUCUUCUGUCGUUUCGAGUACAAUUCCACUACCGGCGCGUUUGAUCCUGACAGAGUCACCGUGUUCUGCAAGUGUGAGAUGCCGUAUAACCCAGAUGACUUGAUGGUGCAAUGCGAGGAGUGUUCUGAGUGGUUUCAUCCUUCUUGUAUAGGAACAACAAUAGAGGAAGCUAAAAAGCCAGAUAACUUCUACUGCGAAGAGUGUUCCCCACAACAGCAGAAUUUGCACAACUCUAAUUCAACUUCCAAUAACAGAGAUGCUAAGGUGAAUGGAAAGCGCAGCCUGGAGGUAACUAAAUCGAAGAACAAACACACUAAGCGACCAGGUUAACAUAAACUUGUAAAGGCUAUAGAUAUCUGGUUGGUGAGUCUGAGUAUCAAUCGUGUAAUCUACAAAGGUGGUUUUGUUUUCUUUCCCUCUCUAGUUUUUUCUUUCUUAAAAAAUGAGGGUUUAGGUUUGUUGGCUUGAUUGUUGUAUAAUUUAUAUGUAUAGCGUAUGGUGGUUUCUCAUCUCCUUUAGUUGUCACAUAUAAAAUUUGGGUAAAAUGGUUUGUUUAUAAUAAGAAAACAAAACAAACAAACAAACAAAGAGAGUGUUGGUUCCUUAUUUGUUUGUUUUCAUUGUGAACUCUAGAAACCCUUCAUUCUUUAUUAGUUUUUCAUUCUUUAUUAAUUCUAAAACGCAUAUUCAAAGAGACAUAUUUGAUCAUCGUGUCUUCAUAAUUUGGUUCAAAGUACAGCCAAAAACCAGGAGGUACACUAAAAAUCAAUAAAAUUACAUUACAAAUUAUUUUUAGUACACUGGGAACAUAAAUAAAUGAAUCAGAGAAGAGAAACAUGGCAACUACCGAUCAUGAGCUUCUACAUUUGUCUCAGAAAAAGAGGAAGAUAGAACUAUUUUUUAAAGUUUUUAGAAAAGAGAGAAUUAAUAUUAUCCAAGACAACACGGCACUGCUAACAACAAGUUGAACCUAUCCCAUUCCAUUACUCCAUACCCAUU